UCGAGACAAGCAAAAGUCCACAGCGAUGACUGGUGAAAUGGAUGUGGAUAGCGUUGUAGAAUACUUCAGGGGCAAGAGCAUCCUCAUCACUGGAUCAACGGGGUUCCUAGGAAAAGUGCUUGUCGAGAAGAUAUUAAGGGUUCAGCCUGAUGUCAAGAAGCUCUUCCUCUUGAUUCGGGCCUUCGAUGUUGAAUCCGCAAAGCUUCGGAUUCAAAAUGAGGUCAUAGGGAGGGAAAUCUUUCAAGUUCUCAAAGAAGAACAUGGUGUGGGGUUCCAUAAUUUCGUCGAAGAAAAGAUCUGCCCUUUGGUGGGAGACAUCAUGCAUGAGGACUUUGGACUAGACACUGCCAAGCUGAGAGAAGUGUCGAAGGACAUAGACAUUAUUGUCAACGUAGCUGCCACUACGAAAUUCUCUGAGAGAUAUGAUGUGGCUUUCGAUGUGAAUGUCUUGGGAGUGAAGCAUGUUUGCGCAUUCGCAAAGAAGUGUAUUAAGCUCAAGAUGUUGCUUCAUGUUUCAACGGCCUAUGUAGUUGGUGAACAAGAAGGCCUAAUAGCAGAGAAGCCAUUCUUCAUGGGUGAGACACUAAGGGUGGGCACACAUUUGGAUAUAGAAUCCGAGCUAAAUCUGAUCAAAGAGACCAGGAGAGAACUAAGGGAUGACGGUUCCACUGAGAAAGACGAGAGGAAAGUCAUGAAGAAACUUGGCCUCAAGAGGGCACGAAACUUUGGGUGGCCAAACUCCUAUGUCUUCACUAAGGCAAUGGGGGAGAUGCUGAUGGGGCUCUUGCAAGGGGACUUUCCGGUGGUCAUCAUCCGCCCGAGCAUCAUAACUAGUACACUCAAGGAGCCAUUGCCUGGAUGGAUGGAAGGAAUUAGGACCGUGGACGCAGUGAUCAUGGGUUAUGCCGGGAAGACCUUACCAUUCUUUCUAGGCAACCUUGAUUUAAUACUCGACAUGAUUCCGGGGGACAUGGUGGUGAAUGCUAUGAUGGUUGCCAUGGCAGCACACUCAGAUGAUCAAAAAGGUCAGAUCAUCUACAAUGUAACUUCGUCGGUAAGCAACCCAGCACCCUCAGCCCUAGUCAUCGACGCAAUGCACCGUUACUUCUUUGAGAACCCGCCAUGCAAGGGGAACGGUGAGCGUGUCCGGCUGAAGAAGAUGCGAUUCUUUAGCACACUCACACAGUUGAGAUUGUACAUGGCCAUCAAAUAG